GUGAAAGCUAGUACUCCAUAUAAGAAAUGACAGCAAAAAAUUCUUCAAAGGAACUUACUGCUUCAGAAUCUGAGGUUUGCAUAAAGACUUUCAAGGAGCAAAUGCACUUAGAACUUGAGCUUCCGAGACUACCGGGAAACAGACCUACAUCUCCUAAAAUUUCUCCACGCAGUUCGCCAAGGAACUCACCCUGCUUUUUCAGAAAGUUGCUGGUGAAUAAAAGCAUUCGGCAGCGUCGUCGCUUCACUGUGGCUCAUACAUGCUUUGAUGUGGAAAAUGGCCCUUCCCCAAGUCGGAGCCCAUUGGACCCCCAAGCAGGCUCUUCCUCUGGGCUGGUGCUUCAUGCCACCUUUCCUGGGCACAGUCAGCGUCGAGAGUCCUUUCUCUACAGAUCAGACAGCGAUUAUGACUUGUCACCAAAGGCAAUGUCGAGAAACUCUUCACUCCCAAGUGAACAACAUGGCGAUGACUUGAUUGUAACACCUUUUGCCCAGGUCCUCGCCAGUUUGCGAAGUGUGAGAAACAACUUCACUGUACUAACAAAUCUUCAUGGGACAUCCAACAAGAGGUCCCCAGCUGCUAGCCAGCCUCCUGUCUCCAGAGUUAACCUGCAAGGUAAGCCAUAUUCUGAAGCUUGUCUACAUGUAUCAGUAUAUCAAAUGUGA